GGGAGAGAGGUCUGUGUCUGGGCAAACAACCUGCUUGUAGAGGCUGGAAGAGAAAAAGGCCAAAGGCACUUGAAAAGAAUGGGGCUUGGCCCCCCGCUAGAGGGGAGAUGGCUAGUUUUCAGAGAACAAAGGCGAGGGAAGAAGAGAGAUGUUCCUUGAACAUCAACUGUGUGAGAAACACCACCCAGGGCACGGCACCUGCCUGUGUUGGAAAGAGGAUGCAACCAUCCCCAACAGGGAAGGGUGGAAAAUGCUGCACUGUGCAUGGACUCACAAGGAAGAUACAUAAUGUACAGCCGAAUCUACAGUCUCCUAUUUUGUCAGCUGCUUGUGUUGAUUAAAACUUCAAUAAAGAUCCUGUGAUAAAACAGA